CGAGAGCGUCGUCGUCUGACUCAAAUCCGGUACCGACAGAAGCUCAAGGACCAUGCCGACACCCUCGAGCAGCAAGUCCAAGCGUUGCGUCAAGAAGUGCAGAAGCUCGAGUUCCAGCACCAGACCAUCUCUCCACGCAUCAUCGCUGAGGCUACCCCCUGGAGUGUGGUGGCCGACUACUUCCGGAUGUUCCGCUUCGCCAUGACGGCAUACAUCCCCAUCUCCGAGCGUUGCAAUGCUCCUGGAUACAAAACGCUGCACGAGUCGCACACUCACCGCGAGUUUCUACAGCGAGUGAUGGCCCCGGAUGUGAUCGCGGGGGAUGAACGAGGACUUGAUGCGGUGCUGGAGUACUGGAGGUUUAUUUCCCUGUCGCAACCGAGCUACGAGGUCCGUGCUACCAAUGUGGAGCAAGGACCCGAAGGCUACAUUGUCGCCAAGACGAAGAGCAAAGUGGUUGUGUGCGAGAAGAUGCUGCGCCAUGCGUUCCCAAAGUUGGAGAAGUUGGAGCGAGGGAGGGGUCUAGCUGAUAAGCUACUGGGUCAGCGAUUCGAGGCGAGUGGAGCUACCGUGUUCGGCUGGGACAACGAGAAAGGUCGGGUUCUGAGUGUGAGCAGCGAGUCAGACUUGAUGACGCCCAUGCUUCGCUUGCUAGGCAACGCAGAGGACUUGGCGCUUGUGUUUGAGGGGGCUUGCCUUACGCUAGACGGUCGACUC